AACGCCUAGUCGUGUUUCCAAGGCACGAGCCUCGCUACAGAAGUUACCCCUCUUUACACCGAAGAAGAUCACGCACCGUUGGCGGAUGAAACGGACCUUUUCAGAGACGGUAUCCGAUCUGCUCUGCCGUGUGUGGACUUAAUGAGAUCUUAAUUAAGAUCCACCAGCCUACCAGCGGGGCGCACCGAGCCACCAGGAGCCACCAAGAGCCACCAGGAGCCAGCAGGAGCCACCAGGAGCCAGCGUGCAGCACUGUGGACGGGAUUGUUUUGUUGUGGUCCGACCAGCGGAAUGACGGACAGAUGAGGAGCUAUGGUUCACUUUGAAGCUUCUUAUGACACUCUUUCGUCGUGAACUUUUGUGUUUCUAUCGGAGCCCUUGACAGCGGUAUAACCAGCCGAAUCGAACCGCAACACUUUCUACCAUAAAGGAUUAAUAAUGCCGGACCAGAUAACAGUUUCGGAGUUCGUGACGGAGACAAAUGAAGAUUAUAAGGCGCCGACCGCCUCCAACUUCACCACCCGAAUGUCCCACUGUAGGAACACGGUGGCUGCUCUUGAGGAGGCUUUGGAUGUCGACCGCAGUGUUUUGUACAAGAUGAAGAAGUCUGUGAAGGCCAUCUACGUAUCUGGGCUGGCCCAUGUGGAGAACGAGGAGCAGUACACUCUGGCCCUGGAGAAGUUCGGGGAGAACUGCGUGUACAGAGACGACCCUGACCUGGGGUCAGCCUUCCUCAAGUUCUCCGUGUUCACCAAGGAGCUCACGGCCCUCUUCAAGAACCUGUUCCAGAACAUGAACAAUAUCAUCACCUUCCCACUGGACAGCUUGCUGAAGGGGGACCUGAAGGGAGUCAAAGGGGACUUGAAGAAGCCGUUUGAUAAAGCGUGGAAGGACUACGAAACCAAAGUCACCAAGAUCGAGAAGGAGAAGAAGGAGCACGCCCGGCAGCACGGCAUGAUCCGCACAGAAAUCAGCGGCGCCGAGAUCGCAGAGGAGAUGGAGAAGGAGCGGAGGUUCUUCCAGCUGCAGAUGUGUGAGUAUCUGCUCAAAGUGAACGAGAUCAAGAUCAAGAAGGGAGUGGACCUGCUGCAGAACCUCAUCAAGUACUUCCACGCCCAGUGCAAUUUCUUCCAGGACGGUCUGAAGGCUGUGGACAACCUGAAGCCUUCCAUUGAGAAACUGGCAACCGACCUGCACACGAUAAAGCAGGUGCAGGACGAGGAGAGGAAGCAGCUCACUCAGCUACGAGAAGUUCUGAAGACGGCUCUGCAGGUUGAGCAGAAGGAGGACUCCCAGGUGCGUCAGAGCGCCACCUACAGCCUCCACCAGCCGCAGGGCAACAAGGAGCACGGCACUGACCGCAGCGGACACUUGUACAAGAAGAGUGACGGCUUGCGGAAGGUGUGGCAGAAGAGAAAGUGCUCAGUAAAAAAUGGAUACCUCACUAUUUCCCACGGCACGGCGAAUCGCCCUCCAGCGAAACUGAACCUGCUCACCUGCCAGGUGAAGCACAAUCCAGACGAGAAGAAGAGCUUCGACCUCAUAUCCCACGACCGGACGUACCACUUCCAGGCGGAGGACGACCCAGACUGCCAGAUAUGGAUCUCGGUGCUGCAGAACAGCAAGGAGGAGGCUCUGAACCAGGCCUUCAAGGGCGACCCGCGGGCCGGGGAGAACAACAUCGUGCAGGAGCUCACCAAGGCCAUCCUGGCCGAGGUGAAGAGGAUGACGGGCAACGACGUGUGCUGCGACUGCGGAGCGCCCAACCCCACCUGGCUGGCCACCAACCUGGGCAUCCUGAUGUGCAUCGAGUGCUCUGGGAUCCACCGGGAGCUGGGGGUCCACUACUCCAGGAUCCAGUCGCUCACGCUGGACGUGCUCAGCACCUCCGAGCUCCUGCUGGCCAAGAAUGUGGGGAAUGCAGGAUUUAAUGAAAUCAUGGAGGCUUCUCUGGCGGCUGAAAAUGUGGUCAAACCGAACCCUACCAGUGACAUGCAGGCGAGGAAGGACUUCAUCACGGCUAAAUACACGGACAAGCGCUUCGCCCGCCGGCAGACGGCGGGCCCCUCCGGCCCCGGGGGCCCUGCGGCCCGCCUGCACACGCUGAGCGAGGCGGUGAAGGCGCGGGACAUCUUCUCCCUCAUCCAGGUGUACGCCGAGGGGCUGGACCUCAUGGAGCCCAUCCCGCUGGGCAACGAGCACGAGCACGGGGAGACCGCCCUCCACCUGGCGGUCAGACUCGUGGACCGGACCUCGCUGCACAUCGUGGACUUCCUCACUCAGAACAGCCUGAACCUGGAUAAGCAGACAGCCAAGGGCAGCUCGGCACUCCAUUACUGCUGUCUGACGGACAACAGCGAGUGUCUGAAGCUGCUGCUGCGGGGGAAGGCCUCCAUCGAGAUCGCCAACGAGUCGGGGGAGACGCCGCUGGACAUCGCCCGGAGGCUGAAGCACCUGCAGUGUGAGGAGCUGCUGAACCAGGCGCUGGCGGGGAAGUUCAACGCCCACGUCCACGUGGAGUACGAGUGGUGCCUGCAGCACGAAGAUCUGGACGAGAGCGACGAGGAUCUGGACGAGAAGCCCAGCCCCCACCGGCGGGACGAGCGACCCGUCAGCUGCUACGCCCCAGGGGCCAACUCCCACCUCCACGGGUCCCCGGGGCCGGGGGCCCGGGACGGGGCCGGCAAGGAGAAGCAGCGUGGCUACGUGACCAACCUGGUGAACAACGAGACCUACGGGACCAUCCUCAACAACAACCCCCCCCUGGCCGGGGGCCCAGGGGGCCCCACCACCGCCUCGGCGCCGCCCCUGCCCCCCAGGAACCUGGUCCAGUUAUCCGGUCUUGCCGGUGGCACGCUGCAGACCUCCCUAUCCUCCAGCUGGAAGCCCGGCUCCCUGGACCUGACGGGGCGGCAGAGGUCCUCCUCCGACCCCCCCAACAUGCACCCCCCCAUGCCCCCCAUGCGGCUCACCUCCAGCGGAGCGCUGGGGAUGCCUCCUGCAGCCAAGCUGCUGAACGUGAUGGAGGGCAAGGUCCCGCCGGGGCCCCGUGGGGGCCCGCCCAAGUCUCCUUUAGGGAACGACAAGAGCUUCACCCGAAUACCUCUGAACCGCAAGGGAUCCAUAGAACGACAAGCUAAAGAAGUCCCUGGAUGCCCAAGGAAUUCCAUUGGUCAAUCCAUGCCUCCGGCCCCCACUCCAAGGAAGGGACCUCUGAAGCACAAGCCCAAGCGCGUGAAGGCCAUCUACCACUGCAUCGCCGACAACCCCGAUGAGCUGACCUUCACCGAGGGGGAGGUGAUCGUGGUAGACGGGGAGGAGGACCAGGAGUGGUGGUUGGGUCACAUAGAAGGGGAUCCGAUGAGGAGAGGAGCCUUCCCAGUCACCUUCGUCCACUUCAUCGCCGACUGAGAGGUCAACCCGGG